GGCCGCCCCUGCCGUAUUUCCUAGGGCGCCCGUGUCUGGGCGGUUUGUACGUGCUGGUGGUGGCCGCGUCGCUUUGUGGUAGAGGUGUAGAGUUGGUGGGGUGGGAUGAACCGCGCUCCCGGUGGAAGCAGAGGAGCCGAGCGGGAACCAUGGCCAGUACAGUGGUAGCAGUUGGACUCACCAUUGCUGCUGCAGGAUUUGCAGGCCGUUACGCUUUGCAAGCCAUGAAGCAUAUGGAGCCUCAAGUAAAACAAGUUUUUCAAAGUCUACCAAAAUCUGCCUUCAGUGGUGGCUAUUACAGAGGUGGGUUGAACCCAAUGACAAAACCGGGAAGAGCAUUAAUACUAGGUGUAAGCCCUACUGCCAAUAAGGGAAAAAUAAGAGAUGCUCAUCGACGAAUUAUGCUUUUAAAUCACCCAGACAAGGGAGGAUCUCCUUAUAUAGCAGCCAAAAUCAAUGAAGCUAAAGAUUUACUAGAAGGUCAAGCUAAAAAAUGAAGUAAAUGUAUGAUGAAUUUUAAGUUCUUACUCAUUUAUGUAUAUGAGUACCAGCGUUUUAUAAUAAAAUGCUCAAAGCUACACAUUUUAAAAUUAGCAUAAGCUAAAUGAAAGCCUUGGUAUAAAUUUGAGGAUUUCAAAUCGGAUUAUAGAAUAUUUGUAGGUUAAUACUCAAUAAUUAUGGAUAAAUGCAUGCCAUUUGAAGUGUUCAUUACUCAUUUGUCAAAUAAUUUGGUACCUAUUUCAAGACAAGGUAAACAAGAUAGUCUCUCCCUGAAGGAAUCCCCAGUCUGAUGGGAGACUGAUAAACUGAUAAUUAAAAUACAAUGUGAAAUAAUUAAAAUACAGUGUAAUAAAUAUGAUGGAAUUAGCA